CGACCUAACCCUAACGUAGCGAGCAAGUCUCCAAUUCGUAACAAUGCCCGAAGCCAAAGAGCGAAUAUUUCUCUGGCAAUUGGACAUUCGUCUUCUGGCUCACGGAUGACUACCCAGUCCCUGUUGGUGUCGGGAUUCAUUCUAUCCAUAGUACUAUCAACGCAGCUCUUCAUCAAAUGGGUUUUGAUAAGGUGCAACCAAUCCAGGAAUAUUGUGACAACGACAAACGGUAUAAUGUUACGGCUUCUAAACAAAUGGUUAGGGAAAUGCUUGUUCGAGCAGGAUCGAUGUAUGGUGAACCAGUAAAUUUAGUGGUCAUCGCAAAACAAAGCACAAACCCUGAGAUGAACAGGGUUCUUCACUGUUUGAACUCCAGAAACAACCCUGUUCUCGUGGUCGAGCCGCCUGAUGAUGACACGGCGCGAGAUAGUGUAUUUCGUUCUGUCUACUCGCUAGUUGAGUGUACACAUGUUGUAGGUGGAGGAAAGACUACAAGGCCACAGAGUUGUUGUUAUGAUAUUGUUUUUGGUGAUGAUUCUGGUUCUGGUUCUGAUACUGAUACUGAUAUUGAGGAGGAUGCUUAUCGGUGGAGGAAAAGAAUGAUCUAUAAGCUGGAAGGCUAAAAUGUCCUCCAGUGAUUGUGGUUGCUGUCAAGU